CUCCUGUCCUUUGCUGACAGUUCCUCAAGAAAAAUUAGAUCUUGGCUAGGAAGAUAGGAGGGUUGCUGCUCAGCUUCCUUCCAGUCUUCCAUCUAAAUAAGUUGACCACUGGAGAGAUUUGACCUCUGAGGAGUAUAUGAGAGUUUCCAUCUAGAAAAGCACCUAAUAGUCUCAUCUUCUCCCUUCCUGUUUCUUGUUCAGUUCUGGGUCUUUGAAAUCUUGCAUUAAAGUUUUCUUUUAUAAGAUAGGGAAUCAUCAAAGUCCAGAAUCUUCAGAAAAAGCAGGAAAAAGGUGCCAGGAAAUCCUCCUAGCAAAGCCUGGACUGUGUUCUUAUAGAGCUUUGCCUUUCCACCUAAGGUCACUGGCUGGGUGCUCUCCUACCUGGCCAUUAGGAGAUACCGUCUCUUCUGUAUCACAGCAAGGCCAAGUGGAAGGCUUCAUCCCAUCUGGGCUUUCCUGUUUUCUCCUCUCUCUUUAAGGGCCAUGGGUGGGCUGCCUAAGUUCCUAAGUACGUCCACGUGAUCUUGGAAGCUACCUGUUCGUGGUGGUCUAUGACAUAGGGAGGAAAAGUGUGUUUAUGUUCCUUAAUUCAGGUGAAUGUGGCUCUCUCUGUGUUUUGUGUGGGCAUGUCUGUGGAAACAGGUACAUGUGUGCUUUCCAGACCAUACUCCAGUUACCUAGAAUUGUAUGUUUUUGGUAGGCCUCUAGAAGCAGGUGCCCCUGUGUAAGGACCUGGAGAAGGUGGCGGUUAGGAUGCCCAUCUGAGAGGAAAGGAUUGGCUGGCUUCCUGCUGGCCAGUGGGAGCCUUUAUAACUGUGUGUGUGAUAGUCAUCUCUAGCAGCAGGGCAGCCUAGUCUCUGAUUGGGACCACUUCUAGAUCUAAUAAGAAAGCUUCAUUUCUGAUACCUAUAGUCUCAAAAGGAUGAGGAUUCUUGACUCCUAACUCCAGAACUCCCUCUUCUGCCUUUUAAAAAAGAGACUGCUCUGGUGUAACAGCAGCCCGUUUCUUACAAAGCACUUUGCCAUAUGCUGGAGUGCCCCUUCUUGAGUGGCUCAGAGUGAACCAUAUCACGACAGCUCCAGGUAUACCACUGCCACAGUGCUUAAUUGGCCCUGCUUGGACUGAGCUCCCCUAAUGCUCUUUGCCUUUAUGGAAUCAGUUAGAAGCAGGUGGCUAUUGGGUUGGCUUAUCUGUGAUUUAGAGAGUGCUAUUUUCCAUAUCAUGUCUUAUGACUACACCUAGUUCCUGCUGAAAGAUAAGAGAUAAUAUUCCCCCAUUCCCUCAUCCUUGGAGUUCUCCUGAUGCUAGCAUUGGCACUGGAGCGAUGCUAUCUCCAAAGGAAAAGUUUGAGAUUCUGACCUCCUGAAAACCAUUGCAGACUCAGUGCAGGCUUUGCAACCCAAACCAUUGCAGGUUUUUGCCUUCCACUCUUACCUCUAUGGUCUGUCAGUUUUCUAAUUUUAAAUUUCUAGUACUCUCUAUUUUCCCCUUUCAAAAAUAAUAAUAGCUAUACUUAUAUGGCACUUACACAGUGCUUUAAAAAUAUUAACUUGAGGUAAUCCUCACAGCAACCCUUUGUAGUUACAUUUAUUGUCUCUGUUUUGCAGAUGAGGAAACCAAGGAACAGAGAGGUCAAGUACCUCCUGUCUGAGGUUGCACAGCCAGUAGAUAGUAGAGCUGAGAUUGAAACCCAGAAAGCCUGACUCCUCAUGUGGUGAACUUAGCCACUAUCCUCUUAGCUUUCACAUUCUGUACAGGGCAGGAAGCUGUCACUCCUCAAUACCUGAUGUUGGCCCUAUACAGAGAACAAUUACUCGCCUUUCGGAUAAAAUGGGUAGAAAACUGUGCCCAGUGUUUUGGAUCUCAUGAUUUCAUCUGGGCUCGGUCUUUUCCUCCCUCAGAAGGUCUUUCUGUUUGAUUUUCUCUGCCUUUCUCACAGUACUGUAGUCUUCAUUAGACAUCCAUGGAUGUGAUGGAGCCUGCCCUUUGGCUGCCUUUCCUGGUUUCUCUGGGUAUUUCCUUUUAGUCUUCCAGCACACAGAGAAGAAUGUGGCCUGACUCAGGUUCUGCCCAAUCCUGGUGGCACAAGGCCCACCUGGAGAGUGAGGUCUGGGUAACUAGGUUGGUUGGACUGAGAAAUGGAAGUACCUCUUGUUUGCCUUUCUAAUAAUGGCCCUGAACAUUAGCCUCAUGCCAUUAUUUUGGGGAGCGUGGAAUGUGAGGCAGCCAAGAGCUCAUUAAGCUUCAUUCACUUCCCUCCAGGAAUGAAGCUCUGGCAGAGUGUAUGACUUCAUCUCUUUUAUUGAAGGGGGAAACUGAGGCAUCAGACUUCAUCAGGGAGCAAAGGAUGGUUAGGGACACUCAGUUUCAGGUUGUGAAUAGAACCAAGGAACCUCAGUCUCUGAGGUUCUACACACUGGGCUUCCCUUCGUGAAUGGGGAAGUGAAGGGGGUGAGGAAGUGGGAUAGGUUGAAGGAGAAUGGUGCAGAGAGAUCCGAAGGAUCAGAGGCUGCAGGCUUCUUGUAGCUGGUAAGAUUGGAAUAAUUUUGGGUGCUGAGGCUGUAUCGGGAGGGCCGACUGGGAGGGUGCUGAGGAAAGGUUAAAUUUAACCUCAGUGUCCUAACCUGGUGCUGGGGUAAGUAAGGGUAGGGAAGGGCAUAGAACAACUAGCAAAAGGCCGAGAGUGCUUCCCUUUCAGGAAUUCACUGUGAUUGGCAUGUGCCAAGGGGGUUCUGUAAGCCCUCUACACACUUUAAAUCUACUCUCAUGCCCCAUUCAGUGUUGGAAGAUUUGUUUCAAAUGAAAAAUCAACUGAAAGGCCUCUGUGCUCUUAAGAUAAAAUUUCCUAGGGAUCUUUAGCAGGAGAUAAUAGGGAAUAGGGUAAAACUUUACAGAUCUCCCAUCUGGGGAGGACCCAGGAGAAAAACUGCCCAUUGGCAUGCUACUGUUCUGCUGGGAGGACCCAGCCUCAGAACUGUGAUCAUGCCAGGAGCACCCUGCUAUAGCCGAGGCUGGGGUGUUUUGACGUAGUAGUGCUGGAAGGUGUGAGGCUCCUGGAAUGAUUAAGUGUUCCUAUUAGUUUCCAAGUUUCCAUGGUUUAAGGCAAGGUGGUAGUAGGAUGAAAAGGAGGAUGGUGGGGAGAGGAGCUAAGGAUAAAGGGGAAACUCUUCAUUGCCUGAUGCUAUUUAUAAACAUGUCUCCCCCGCCUUUUUUUCUCCUAACAAUUCUUGGGUUGCAGUUGGGUCCCUCGCUGCCCAGGCCCCUUAGGCACUUCCUUCAGCCUUGUGGACUGGGUGUGUUGCUGGUAGGAGCACAGGGCUGGGUACCUGUGUGUACACGCAGAUUGCAUGGGUGGGGCCGUAGGGGAGAGGGGAAUGAGUGGGAAUGCUGACCUUUAGGAGGAAGGGGCAAGUGUCAAGGGCAGAAGAAUCACUUCCUAGGAUAGAAGAGUGAGUUGAGAGCCUGGAAGAUGUGCUGGGGUUAGGAGAAACGGACCUGGUCAUAUCUGGGAUUGAAGUUUGAACUGCACAGUGUGUGGAUCUUUGUGUAAUUGUAUGUAUAUUCUUGCGCACAUAUCUGGCUGUGGAUUUUAGAGAUCACCUACAUAAUGUGUGUCUGUCCAGGAUUCUGAACUCUGAGGCAAUCUAGCCCUGGCUCCUCAAGAGAAAUGCCUUGGUGGGACUUAGGGAGAAAUGCUAGCUGGAAUCUGGCAGCUAUACAGGCAUAAACCUGUUAGGCAGCAAGAGCUUAGGGGGUUGCUGGCAUCAGCGCCAGGGGAGUGCCAAAUGGCUACCUAGUGGUUCCUGCCAGCCUUUCCAGACCCUGUGAUACAGAUAUCAUCCGUCAUUCUUCACCUUCCCCCACCAAGACGUCACUCCAGCUCUACCUCUCUGCCAGCAAGAGCGCUCGGGAGGUGUGGAGGUGUGGGUGGCAGCAGGGUGUGCAAACAUCAGGCGUGGGCGGUCUGGCAGCUCCAGGAGUUUGCAUGGAGGUGCAGUGAGCUGCGUGCCUGGCUGGGAAGGAGGGAGGGAAGAGGAGGGUGGAGAAGGGGAGCCAGCUCUUAGCCCCAGUGUGGCUAUUUUUAGCCAGGCUAUCUGAUUGUUACUGGUGCACACACAGCUGGGUGUCUCCCUGGCUCAGUGAAGCCCAGCAGGCUGAGAGGUAGGAGGUCCUUGUUGAUGACUUCUUCCUGGUGUUGGUGUCUGUGGGCGGGAGCAUGCAAGGGAUAGCUUUACAGGUGUGAGGACAGCUGUGCACUCAGGAUCUAUUACCUCUGUGUGUGACUCUGUGCAUUACCAACAGAACCCAAAAGUACUAUGGCUUCGGACCUAGAGAGUAGCCUCACCUCCAUAGACUGGCUCCCCCAGCUGACCCUCCGAGCUACCAUUGAGAAGCUUGGGAGUGCCGCCCAGGCUGGGCCUCCCGGGAGCAGCCGCAAGUGUUCACCAGGCUCACCCACAGAUCCUAAUGCCACCCUGAGCAAAGAUGAGGCAGCAGUCCACCAGGAUGGCAAACCACGGUACAGCUAUGCCACCCUCAUCACCUAUGCCAUCAACUCCUCUCCUGCCAAGAAGAUGACCCUCAGUGAGAUUUACCGCUGGAUCUGCGAUAAUUUCCCCUAUUAUAAGAAUGCCGGCAUUGGUUGGAAGAAUUCAAUUCGGCACAACCUUUCUCUCAACAAGUGUUUCCGGAAGGUGCCCAGACCUCGGGAUGACCCUGGAAAGGGUUCCUAUUGGACAAUCGACACCUGCCCUGACAUUUCCCGAAAGAGAAGACACCCUCCGGAUGAUGAACUAUCCCAAGACUCACCAGAGCAGGAGGCAAGCAAGAGCCCGCGGGGAGGCGUUCCAGGGAGUGGAGAAGCCUCACUGCCUCCCGAGGGGAAUCCGCAGAUGUCCCUUCAGAGCCCCACAUCCAUCGCUGGCUACAGCCAGGGCACCGGACCUGUGGAUGGCGGAGCAGUGGCAGCAGGGGCUUCAGGCCGAGAAAGUGCUGAGGGUCCCCCUCCCCUCUAUAACACCAACCAUGACUUCAAAUUCUCCUACUCAGAGAUCAAUUUUCAGGAUCUAAGCUGGUCCUUCCGCAACCUCUACAAAUCCAUGCUGGAGAAAUCCUCCUCUUCCUCUCAGCACGGCUUUUCGUCUCUCCUCGGGGACAUGCCACCCUCUAACAACUACUACAUGUACCAGCAGCAGCAGCCGCCGCCUCAGCAGCAGCAGCAGCAGCAGCAGCAGCCACCGCCACAACCACCUCCCCAGCAAUCCCAGCCACAGCAGCAGCCGGCGCCAGCCCAGGGCCCCUCAGCUGUAGGGGCUGCUCCUCCACUGCACACCCCAAGCCCAGAUGGUUGCACCCCACCAGGGGGAAAGCAAGCUGGGGCUGAAGGCUACGGGCCUCCCCCUGUGAUGGCCAUGCAUCCGCCCCCACUGCAGCAUGGAGGCUACCACCCUCAUCAGCACCACCCCCACCCCCACCCUGCCCAGCAGCCACCACCUCCACAGCCACAGGCGCAGGGCCAGGCUCCCAUCAACAGCACUGGCUUUGCCUUUCCUCCUGACUGGUGCUCUAAUAUUGACUCCUUGAAGGAAAGCUUCAAGAUGGUGAAUCGGCUCAAUUGGUCCAGCAUUGAGCAGUCACAGUUCUCGGAACUGAUGGAGAGUCUACGACAGGCAGAGCAGAAGAACUGGACCCUCGAUCAGCAUCACAUUGCCAAUCUGUGUGACUCCCUCAACCACUUCCUCACUCAGACUGGUCACGUGCCCCCGCAAGGGGGACCGCACCGGCCACCAGCCCCAGCCCGUAUCGCUGACUCCUGUGCUCUCACCAGUGGCAAACAGGAGCCAGCCAUGAACCAAGGUACUGCACAAGUGAACUCUUAUGGGCACCCACAAGCUUCCCACCUCUAUCCUGGCCCCUCACCAAUGUACCCAAUCCCCACCCAGGACUCAGCAGGAUACAAUCGCCCAGCACACCAUAUGGUCCCUCGGCCACCGGUCCCACCUCCUGGUGCCAACGAGGAGAUCCCUGAUGACUUCGACUGGGACUUGAUCACUUAGUGCAUCACAGAGUGUGGACCUCAGCCCAGGCCCAAGUGGUGAAAUCUGGCAGUGGGGAAAGAGCAGCCCCAGCCCGUCCCGCCCUGCUGCCUGUAUAUAGAUAUAUAUCCUCUUUUUGUUCUUUCUCUGUCAGAGAAGCCACCGCAAGAUGCUGCCGAAGAUAACCCCCUCUUUCCUGCCUCGUCUCUUUUCCUUCCUGUUUUUUCCUAAUUCUUUUAUUAUUAUUCUUAUAUUAUUAUUAUUAUUAUUAUUGGUUAUAUACUAUCCCCAGUCCCCUGUCCCUACACCAUGGACCAUGCCCACCCUUUGCUAACUUAAAAUCAUCAGGUUUGAAGAUGAGACCAUGAUAGCUACAGAGAAAGGUUUCAAACUCCAAUGUAUCUUUCUCUCUAAGAAACUCAAUACCGAUCCCACCUUUUGGCCCUAAAUUGCUUUCUGUUUCUGUCAGUUUCAGGCCACAACUGGAGGGCCACAUUAUCAAGUGGAAGGGGUCUGAAUCACUGCUUGGCAGCCAUGAAUUUGCAGGUUUUACUAAAUGGUGCUAAUUCUGUCCUCUGAGCUCUUCCUUGUCCCUUUAUGCCUUCAGUCCUUACUUCUGCCAAUCCUCGUUUCCCACCGAGGGUCAGAAUGAUGAUGGUGCAGGAGGAUGACAGGAAAAUCCGAGUGGAAUUAGAGACCAGUGUUGGGUUGAGUAGAAUGCUGCAGAGAAGUGAUGGAAUGUAAAUCAGUGUGAACUUUGGUGUCACACUGAAUGUAAAUCAGUAUGAACCCUGCCAUGCAAGCAUCCAUUGGCUGAUUCCUAGCCUGUUCUCUAGGAGAUAGGAUUGAUUUUAGCCCAAACUCUGCUUCUAGGAUAGGGGAUGAGGACAACUACUUGGCAUGGGUUCAGCCUUUUGGAGAUGAUUUCAACUUUACCAUGUUGGCUUUUUAAAAAUAAUUUUUUUCUGAAAAUUAACUGUGGCCCUUAGAAAUGGGUCAGAAAUAUUUCAUUUAUUUAAGUGUACAGACAGAUGCUUCUCUUGGAGUCCAGAUCAUUGGGGCUGAAGCUUUUGCAAGCAGGCGUUUGAGGGUGAAGGCAAUUGGUAGAGGGGAGUAAAUAAUCUAGAGGCAAGAAAGAAUUCACUGAGGGCUAAGGGGGACUCCCAGAAACAGGUAGAGGGAUAACUUACCUCCUUUAACAAGGGGUGGCUAUGAUUUAUUGCUGCAAAGUAGUUAGUGUAUAUUUAAGGUCAGUUGUUGAAUUUUAGUUACAAGAGGGAAGAAUAAUUUUACUUCUGUUUUUAUUUCACUAAAUUUUCACUUUCUGAAAGCUGCGGGGCAAAAUGUAUGGAAAGGACAAGGCCACUCUCUCUGUGAUUUCUGCUUUUUGUUCAUAUUCUUUUAUUUACCCAUGAUUUGCAAGAGAUUUGGCUUUCUGCUCUCCUACUUUUUCCCUUCAUCUACCCCUCUCCUUUUUAUGGAAGGGGGUUAUAUAUGAGAGGUUGUUGAAGAAGUCCAGUGAGGCUGAAGUAAAGGGUCAAGAUAGGGCAGUUAACUAAAGAGCACUUUAUUUCUUUGAAGCCUUUGUAAACAAGAAAUGGGGGUGCGAGUGGCUUGAAUCUCCUGUGAUGUGGGAGGGCACUUAGUGGGAUUGAUGUGUGACAUAAUAUUUCCCAUUGGGGAAAGGAGAAUUUCUCUUAGAGGGGGGCAAAAUGCCUUUGC